AUGUCGUCACCCUCAUCGCACCCCACGUCACACACGCUGGAUCCAGAAGAGUUGAAGUUAAAAUAUAGAGAAAUCGCCGCCUUAAAGAAAUCCAUCGAAGAGAAACAAAGAUUAAAAAAUCUCCAAGUCAGAAUCAUUCAAAAACGCAAUGCUAUGCAACAAAAGAAAGUACAAAAGCAACAGAUGUUACAUAGGAACAUGUCCCUCGUUAUGAACAACCUGCCACCUCCACCACCCUCUCUGCUGUCUCUGUCUCUCCCCAAUAAUAAUAUGAGGAAUGGUGUUCCUGUUCUUCCAUCUGGAUAUGUGAAUGUGAUAUCGAAAGGUGGGAUGUCACUUUAUAAUUCAAAUGCAUAUCAAGAGAGAACAUCUGAACUACAAGAAAUACGGAAUAAAAAGAAACAGGCAAAAUUAUUGAUUAAACAACAACAGAAAGAACAAAAGAGAAUCACGAGGAUUCAGAAUAGAAUAGCAAAAUUGAAGGUGUUGUGUGAUUCUUGUGAUCGGAUUGAAGUUAAUGGCGAGAAGCUUUCUGUUACUGAAAAUGGAAGGCAGCUUGUUCCGUUGGCAUUUCCCCAGUUUAAUAAACCAGGGGAGAUUGAAUGGCAUAAUCAUAAAUAUGUGAGAAAUCUGAAUGGAGUAUUCAAAAGUGCUAGCAAAUCAAAAAGAGGAGGGAAAAGAUGUCCAUUCUUACAUGCUCUUAAUUGUCCAGAUUUUGAAGAAUAUGGCUAUUGUAAUAGAGGAAGGGAUUGUACUUUGUUUCAUCCCGUGAAUUUAAGAACUCAAGAUUUGAUGACAACUCGUACUAACAAAUAUGUUCGUUCUGAUACUGUUGUUUCUCAAGAUGAAGACCCCAAUAAGAAAAUUAUCAUUAGUAGUUAUACGAUUGAUCCUGAUGUGUUAUUUACAAAAGAUGAAACGGGGAAUUAUCAAUUUUAUAUUGAUAAUACAAUGGAAUCUACAAAAUAUAAAGAAGAAAUUGAUCCAAAUGAAUUUUUGAUUCAUCUUUCUUCAUCUGAAGAAGAAUCAGAUUUCUCAGAUGAUGAUGAAUUAGAACAUAAUGAUGAUUAUGUGAAUAUAUAG